AUGUCCUACUCAAGAAGUCUGGGCAGUGAUGGGGAGGUAGUACGCCACAAAACCACCUCGAAUUACCUGGGAUGGACCGAGCGCAAACCCCCUGGAUUUCAUGAUAAGUUUGACCACACUGCUCUCCCGGGAGGAGCGGCCACACGUUCAUUUGAAGACUAUGUGAAAGGGUGUUUUACCCCUGGUCGGAUUAAGGAUGAAGAACAAAGAAAACGAGACCACGGCUGCACCGCAGCUUCCAUGAUGAGAAUGGAAAGGGCCUUUGGACCCCACUCACUAGAGAGCUGCGAAGACGAUGAUCUCGCCCUUAAAACACCACUUGAGAGGAUGUACAUCGAUCUAGGACUCCGGAACCCAGAGAUGCCUGCCAAUAUUCGUCACUACGCGCAGACCCGCGAAACGGAUGAUGAGGCAUGGAAGAAGAAUAAUAAGCAGACGUUGAUUGAUUAUAAGGAUUUUAACAGCGCACCGCUUUCCCCCUACCUCUACCAAGAACAUCCCUACGUCCGUAGCCAAGAUUCACGCAUUGUCGGCUCGAAUUUCGUUCAAGUUACCACCCGCCCAAAAGACCGAUUCCUCGAGAAAAUCGACCGAACCCUGGCCGAAGUGCGUGCGAUGCCCCGAUUUGGC